AACAUAAUAACCCAAUCCCACCUCUCUUCCUCCCAUUUAGACACGCAAUUGAAUUCCUGGUUACUGGUUACUGCGCAAGGGGUCGUUAGGGUGACCAUUAUAGCUGCUCGAAUUUACCACAUCAGCUGUCAAAACACCCAGAAUGAGAUUUGAACUAGCUGUGUACAUUAAUACAACACUUAUGCUUGCCUCCGAAUUUAUGUGCACGUUUUUAUUUGUUGUUCCGGCAAAAAUCUUUGAUUUUAAAGAAUAACGCCUUUUUUUUCAGUAAAACUGUUUAAAAAGCUUUGUGUCGCUUUUAGACUUUUUGCGAUGCAUUAAUCACGUCUUAAAAUCAGUUUUUAUAUGUGAAGUUUUGAAGUUUGGACGUUUGAAUAUGAGGGCAAGCUGUGAUUUAAAAACUAAUUGUUCAGGCAACGACACAGUCUGAUUAGAAACUUACACACAUCCUUCGUUGAUUAUUAUUAUUUUUUUUUUUUUUACAGAACUUUUUUGUUCAACAUUCACAUUCAACAUGGUUCUAAGAUUGAUAGCGUCAUGCAUUCUUUUUGCGACUGUGGUGGACUCACGACUGUUAAAGAAAAGACAGACGCCCUGCCCGGAGAUCUGUGAUGCGUCUCGGUGUGCCACUGUCCCCAGCCCUUGCUAUUAUGGGGAAGUGAAGGAUGACUGUGGGUGUUGCGAUGUCUGCAGCUCCGGGGAAGGUGACAUCUGCGGGCGCGGUUUGGGGGUCUGCGGUGAAGGGAUGCAAUGCGUCUUCCCGCCCGGCAGGCACCAUCGCCGGGGCUCGUGUGUGUGCUCCUCCACCGGGCAGGUGUGUGGCAGCGACGGGAGGACCUACCCCAGUACAUGCCGACUGAAAGCCGAGAACAGGCGGGCCGUGUUGAACAGCACCCCACCUGUGAUCCUCAUACAGAAGAGCCCCUGUGAUUCUGGUCCCCAGAAUCCAGACAGCCUGCGAUACAAGUUCAACUUCAUUGCGGACGUGGUGGACAAGAUCGCCCCGGCUGUGGUGCACCUGGAGCUCUUUCGCAGAUUGCCGUUUACCAGCCAGGAGAUCCCCGUGUCCAGUGGCUCAGGUUUCAUUGUGUCUGAAGAUGGCUGGAUCGUAACAAACGCUCACGUUCUCUCGAACAAGCAGCGCAUCAAGGUGGAGCUGAAGAAUGGAGAGCAUUGCGACGCCAAGGUCAAAGACGUGGACCAGAAACUGGACAUUGCACUCAUCAAAAUCGAGUCAGAAAGCCCUCUGCCGGUGCUCCUGCUGGGGCGUUCGGCAGACCUGAGACCCGGGGAGUUUGUGGUCGCCGUGGGUAGCCCCUUCUCGCUGCAGAACACAGUGACCACUGGCAUCGUCAGCACCACCCAGCGUGGGGGCAAGGAACUGGGUCUCAAGGACUCAGAUAUGGAGUACAUCCAGACUGAUGCCAUCAUCAACUAUGGAAACUCCGGAGGACCCCUUGUUAACCUGGAUGGUGAAGUCAUCGGUAUGAACACCUUGAAGGUGACGGCUGGAAUAUCCUUUGCAAUCCCUGCAGACAAAAUACGACAGUUCCUUGUUGAAUCCUACGAUCGACAAAUAAAAGGAAAGACCCUUUCAAAAAAGAAAUACAUGGGAGUCAGAAUGCUUCAGCUUUCUUCCAAUCUAAUCAGAGAGCUCAGGGACCGUGACAAGGAUUUUCCAGACGUGACUUCGGGAGUGUUUGUGUACGAAGUGAUUCCUGGGACAGCAGCUGAGAGCUCCGGCAUGAAGGACCAUGAUGUGAUCAUCAGCAUUAACAGCCAAACAGUCAACAUAACCGAGGAUGUUAGCAAAGCUGUACAAUCAGAUAGCAUCCUGUCUGUGGUGGUGCGCAGAGGGAACGAAGAUGUGAUGCUCACUGUUGUUCCAGAAGAGAUCGACUGAAACCAGAAAUCAGUUUUAUUUUCCCUGUACUGCUGCAUUACACCAUACUUAUUGGACUGCAACAUUCUCUGGUUUAUAAUACAGAUCAAAGUUUUCGUGAUCUGUUUGAUGUGUAUAGGGUUCAUUAUUCCUAGCAAACAAUUAUAUGGAAACCCCCUUGUUAUGGUUUGUAUUUGCACAUCACAUAUUGCCACUGCUAUAACACUAAGAAGUACCCUUAGAUAAGAAAUAUUGUAACAAGUCGUUAAUCAUGGUGUGCUAUGAUUAUCGUUUUAAAAUGCUAUCAAAAUGUAUUAAUUGUCCCUGGAUUUUAAAAUGAUUUAUACAGUGGUCAUGACGUGGCAGCCAGAAAACUAACACAUACCUAAUCCACUUCACAGCUCCCCCGUUCAUAACCCAUUGGCUUCCAGUAAACUGAAUUUAAAACCAUGAUCUUUACUUACAAGGUUGGCUAUUUCAUUGAGCUCCUAAUUCCUUACAUCCUUGUACUGUAAGAGCAGCCAAUGUAAUCCCAAGAACCUGACUGAAAAGUUACAUUGCCAGGGCCUUCAGCACCCUCACUGCAGUUUGUCUGCAGUUUGUCUGCAGCGCUCAAAUAGUUUUCUUUUAAACGUAGCCUUUUCUUAGUCAGCAGCGUACAGCUUUUUUGAGUUGACCUUUUGAAGCACCCUGUGAUGCUUACACAUGAAGGACGCUCCAUAAAAAUAAAUUGGUACUGUAUGGUAAUGUAAGGUAAGGUGCUUCAUAGGGGUAGGGUGGGUGGGAAUACCAGACUUGUAGACCUAUGUCAAGAUAUGCCUUUUGUACCUUUGAAAUUUAUAAUAAAACAUUUUAAAAACUUACCAAAAAAAUAUACAAAAAAGGCUCAUCAGGUUCACAUUUUGCAUGGCUUUAUGGAUGUAUAUCAACUAUCUACACAUUAUAAUAAAAUAAGAAAUGGCAAUGAAUGGUUGAAUGAAAAUAGGGCAAGUAAUGUUUAAGACGUACAUGUCAAUAGGUAAGCAAUAUUUUCUGUGCAAAAAUGUAGGUUCAGUGUACAUGCAAAAUUACACCUUAAUAUAUGCCUAAUGCCUUAUACUCUCAACAACCUAUGAUAAUUAAUUCUAAUUCCAAGUUUAAUACCAUCACACUGAGAUAAGCAGUUUUCCAUAACAAACUUGAUAUAG